AUGUAUGGCAUGAAUCAGGCCUACGGGCAUGCUCCCGACCCGAGUGCGCAGGUGCCGAAUCAUCUGCUUGCCCAUGUGCACCUGAUAUCCUCGUACCGCUUCCCUACCCUACCAGGUCUUCAAGCUCCCCAGGCCCUCGAGUACCUGAUCAAAGGCCCGCAAAUCGUGCGCGACACGUCGCCCGUCGCGUGGACCUUCCUUUCAGCACCUCCCCAAGAUGGCACUGUCAUCCUCACAUGGCAGCCCCCGCGCAUGGGCACCAUGUUCGCCUCAGACGGAAUGGUGUGGGCUGACGCCGAAACUGCAUACGAUAUGAACGUACGCGGAUAUACUCUCCAGGUCCUUGUGCACAACAGUGGAUACCACUACCCUCACGAACCAUACGCCAUGCAUGCGCGCCAUCGUUAUCGAAUUGCUGCAGGCCCGGGUACUAUCGAUCCCAAUCUCUGGCUUGUGCACUACAAGCCGGCAGAUCCACAGAGCAGAAUGCCUGCCUCGCAGAUACCCAUUCCACGAGAAGUCCAGGCCCAGAUACAGAUGCGCGCUCAACUACAGCAAGCCGGGCCAUUGAUGCGCAAGGAGUUCAUGUUGGUCGAUCAAGCCAAUUGGCCAAAGGUCGAAUUCGGACAACAAGCCAUGAGAGGCCCGCAGCCCUACUACAACCCCAUGCAACCAGGCCGACCAUAUCCUGCGCAACCGCCGCCAGCCAAACGCCAGCGCUUGCCGACUCAGCCUCAACCUCGCCAACCCGCUGCAGGUACACUAGCACCAGACAACACACUCGAGGAAGAAGAGAAUGCGACACAAGAUGCCUUCGACUUCCUGACCCCGCGCGAGAUUAGCUUGUCGCGUUACAAGCAGCAUCACGAGUGGAUGGAAGAGAUCUUCUCGUCACCUUAUGCCGUCGGGAAGAUUGCACCUAUCGAUCUAGGACUGGGCCUCAUGGGCGAGCUCGCCCCGCUUACUGCAGGCAUUCUCGAUGUUCCAGGAGCUGAGAACGUGGAGCCGGGCAAAGAGAACUACCAGGUCAAGAACUACUACAAGCUGGAUGCGGAACAACUCAAGGACUUUGAGAAGCGUGUAUCAGAGUAUACAAAGAACGAGCAGGCCGAGAUUGACAAGAUGAAGGCCGACCACGCGAAGAAAGUGGCACAAUUGAAGCGCACCAGAACGUACAUCAAGGCCGAACGACGACUACGAGAUCUUUCCCGCUCUACCGAGAGCGACGGCGAGGACGCAAACCCAGUCGAAGGAGUCGUGCAAGAUUUGGAGAAGACGCUUGGAGUUACAUUCGACGCGAAAAAGGCGGUCGUCUGUGUAGACAAGGGUGGAUUCAUUGAGCCGCAAGCACCCUCUCCUCCAAAGGCACAGAUGAACGGCAACGGAGCCCAACAGGAAGCAAACGGAACAUCGAAUGGCAUGAACAACCAAGGAACAAUGGAGGAGAACUCUGCCGCGGGUCUGUUGGACCAGUAUGGAUCGGGGUCACUGAACGGCACACCCAUCGGCAAUAUGUCAUUACCUAGGUUAUCACAGCCACCGAGUCAAUCGCAGUCUGCCACCGGUACACCCAAUGCGCCUCACGGCAACAUGAACCAGACAUCCACAUUCGAUCAGCAGGACACAAGUCUCGACGUAGGAGCCGACCUCCUAGAUCUGGACGUAGAGAUGUCUGGAAUGACCGGCUCAGGGGAGAAGACUGAUGAUUGGACGAUGAACGAUCAAUCUGGCAAUGCACAACAGUCGACCGGCAGCGUUCAACAGCCCAACAUGAACAACAACAACCAGCGCACAAACAACGUCGGCGGCAUGUCCUCGUCCAACAUCGAAGCCGACGCAGGUAGCAUGUUCGACACAGCCGACUUUGGCAGUUUUGACAAUAUCGAUAGUGCUGGAGACGCUUUGGCGGAUUAUGGGCACGAUGACAACUUGGGCCUGGAUCUUGUUGACGAUUCGGCUUUUGGCGAUGCAUUCCAUGCGACGGAAAUGCAUCAUGAUGAGGCUGGAGAAGGGGACCAGAAUGCGUAG